CCACCUUCUCCCGCCAUGAGCCAGGGAAGUCCGGGGGACUGGGUCCCCCUCGAUCCCACCCCCGGACCCCCAGCCCCCCCCAACCCCUUCGUACAUGAAUUACAUCUCUCCCGCCUCCAGAGGGUUAAGUUCUGCCUCCUGGGGGCACUGCUGGCCCCCAUCCGAGUGCUUCUGGCCUUUAUCGUCCUCUUUCUCCUCUGGCCCUUUGCCUGGCUGCAAGUGGCCGGACUUAGUGAGGAGCAGCUUCAGGAGCCAAUUACAGGAUGGAGGAAGACUGUGUGCCACAAUGGGGUGCUGGGCCUGAGCCGCCUGCUCUUUUUCCUGCUGGGCUUCCUUCGGAUUCGCGUUCGGGGCCAGCGAGCGUCUCGCCUUCAAGCCCCUGUCCUUGUUGCUGCCCCACACUCCACUUUCUUUGACCCCAUUGUUCUGCUGCCCUGUGACUUACCCAAAGUUGUAUCCCGAGCUGAGAACCUUUCCGUUCCUGUCAUUGGAGCCCUGCUUCGAUUCAACCAAGCCAUCCUAGUAUCCCGGCAUGACCCGGCUUCUCGUCGAAGAGUGGUGGAGGAGGUCCGAAGGCGGGCCACCUCAGGGGGCAAGUGGCCACAGGUGCUAUUCUUUCCAGAAGGCACUUGUUCCAACAAGAAGGCUUUGCUUAAGUUCAAACCAGGAGCCUUCAUCGCAGGAGUGCCUGUGCAGCCUGUCCUCAUCCGCUACCCCAACAGUCUGGACACCACCAGCUGGGCAUGGAGGGGUCCUGGAGUACUCAAAGUCCUCUGGCUCACAGCCUCUCAGCCCUGCAGCAUUGUGGAUGUGGAGUUCCUUCCUGUGUAUCACCCCAGUCCUGAGGAGAGCAAGGACCCCACCCUGUAUGCCAACAACGUUCAGAGGGUCAUGGCACAGGCUCUGGGCAUUCCAGCCACCGAAUGUGAGUUUGUAGGGAGCUUACCUGUGAUUGUGGUGGGACGGCUGAAGGUGGCGUUGGAGCCACAGCUCUGGGAACUGGGAAAAGUGCUUCAGAAGACUGGGCUGUCCCCUGGCUAUGUGGACAUUGGGGCAGAGCCAGGCCGGAGUCGAAUGAUCAGCCAGGAAGAGUUUGCCAGGCAGCUACAGCUCUCUGAUCCUCAGACGGUGGCUGGUGCCUUUGGCUACUUCCAGCAGGAUACCCAGGGUUUGGUGGACUUCCGAGAUGUGGCCCUUGCAUUAGCAGCUCUGGAUGGGGGCAGGAGCCUGGAAGAGCUGACUCGUCUGGCCUUUGAGCUCUUUGCUGAAGAGCAAGCCGAGGGACCCAAACGCCUGCUGUACAAAGACGGCUUCAGCACCAUCCUGCACCUGCUGCUGGGUUCACCCCGCCCUGCUGCCACAGCUUUGCAUGCUGAGCUCUGCCAGGCAGGAUCCAGCCAAGGCCUCUCCCUCUGUCAGUUCCAGAACUUCUCCCUCCAUGACCCACUCUAUGGGAAGCUCUUCAGCACCUACCUGCGCCCCCCACACACCUCUCGAGGCACCUCCCAGACACCAAAUGCCUCAUCCCCAGGCAGCCCCACUGCCCUGGCCAACGGGACUGUGCAAGCACCCAAGCAGAAGGGAGACUGAGUGCCUCAGCCUCUCACCCCCUCCUCCGCAGGGCAGCGCCAGGGGCCUCCUCUAGGCCUCAGCCCCAUCUCUGCUCCUGUUUGAAUUUUGUUAUUGUUGUUUGGUUUUUUUUGUUUUUUUUAUGUUGAUUUAAUUUUUUGUUUGGUUGAUUUUUUUGUAAGAAACUAUUUUAUAUAUAAAUAUAAAUCUAUAUCUAUAUCUAUUAAAAAAAAUGAAGUCCAGUCA